AUGGUGCUAGCAGCUUGCGCAGGUGUGCAUGAGGAGGCAGACUGCGUGCGCCGAGUUUCCCAUUGCGUGAAGUACUCGAGUGAGCUCCUGGAAGGUGAAAGCAAUAAUUCAGUCCUGAAGCUUGCAGCUGCUGCAUGCUGUCCACGAGCACAGAGGCUUUUAGUACCCGUGGUGCAAGCGCUUUGUGCCCAGCCUUCAGUGAAGCGCCACAUGGUCCCCAGCCGCCGAGGAAAAGACGCAGCGGAAAGCAUUGCUGAGAACAUGCUGCUCCCUCUGCUGAGACAUUAUCCUGCAGCUGACCUGCAGAUGUUGGUGACCUCCAUUGCUAUCCAUCAAAUAGAACGUAAAUGGUCAGGCAGAGAAGUCCUUAAUUGUCUCCUGCAUGUGGAAGAGCUUUUGCGCUCACACUUGGAGAAAGACAUGAAUGAAGGUGAAGAAGAGAACCUCUCGAACCUACGCGUGGAACUUCAUUCCCAUGACUUCCUCUGCAAAGUGGUGCUGGGGGCAUGUACCAAACAUGCUUCGUUUGCCUCACAAUUUCUCUGUGCUCUGCCCGAUGCAAAUAUCGACCCCAAUGGUGCAUGGAAAGUCAGCAUGAAACUAUUCAAGCUUGUCCAUCCAGGUGCGCUACCUGAAGACGCUUCAAAGCAUUUGCUGCGUUUCUGCUCCAGCUGUCCGAAGUACUCCCAACUGCUCCUCUCAGUCCUGAGAACCUUUCCGUUCAGUGCCCGCCGCUUCAGAAUCCUGCAAGACUUGAAGCGGCAGGGAUUGCUCGAGGAGACAUGUGCAGCCGCAGCUCGUGCGAUUCUCAUGGGAAAUAGCGAGUCGCUGUGGAGCGUGCCUAUCUCCCAUGCAACAAGUUCAGGUGCCGACUGGCUGGUUUUGCUUUUCCUGGAGAUUUGCAUUCCAAGCCUUUCUGAUGCGCCACCCAACUCUGAGAAGGAGAAGGAGUUCUUACAAUGGCUGGGUGCAGAAGAACGUCUUCGCUGCCCGCAGUUGGUGUCCCGGCGCCUUGUUCAAAGUGGCCAGCUGAUCCAUCCGUGGCUCGCAAGUAUUCCUGAUAUGCCCGACUGGUCAAUGCAGUGGAGGGCCAUCAGCCAGGUAAACUGGCCAUCUCUCACCUUGUUAAUAGAUGUCUUUGGUGGCAAGGAGAAUGACCAACUUCCAGCGGCCUUGGAGUUUUUCCGUCGCCUCGGCUCUGCCAUCACGGAGGGCCACUUGACGUCUCGGGCGUACCACGAGCUGGCCUGUGUGGGUCGGGGCUUGGCGAAGCCCAACUUACAGAUGCUCGUGGAGACUUUGCAGGCGAUUUGUGCUUUGGACUCUGAAAGACUGGCUGAGCUCGAUGAGCAGUGCGAAGAGCUGCGGCUGGAAAUGCAGCGCCACUCGCAGCUUCUCGAGUGGCUGGUAAGCAGAUGGAAUUUCUUCGAGAUGGGUGAGCUUCAACGGCAAAUCAAGCAGAAGCUUGGGGAAACUGAGGAACUCACGUUGGCAGCCUUGGAGGAGACAGUGAAGCAAGCAAGGAAUGCCUUCAACCGGUUCAGCCACAGCAAAGACAAUAAAAACUUUGAGUUUCUGCAGUAUUUCCUUCGAGCUGGCUCUGUGUUGGUGAAUCCAUGUCUGGAGCAUUUUGCCAAGAUUAAUGCAUCCCAGCAGAGCGAAUGGUGCCUAGACUCUGCGAGCACCCUUGACAUUGAAGGGUUUGGCGAUGUGGUGCAAAGCUGCUCUCAAAGCCUUGCAGUUUUGGCCCUAGGGGGUGAGAAUGACAGAGGAGCCCAGCAGACGGUGGAGAAAUGCUUCUUCUCGCUUGUCAGCCAAGAGCUGUCCAAGCUUAGUGAAAAGAAGAUGCAGGAAGAAGUAGGCUUGCUGCUGGAGUACUUUGGAUCCAUUGCCAAGAAUCGAGAUGGCACAAGGGAUGUCACCAUGGGUGUGCCGUCUGAGCCGGAUCUGGACCCCUGGCGAAGCCGACGAAAGGUGCUACUGGACGCCUUCAGGGUGCAUCAGAUUGCCCAGUCAGUGCAAAACCUGCAGAGGGCUUUCCAAGUCAUGCGCCAGGACCAGCUUUUGACUUGCGAGUGCUUCAAGCAGAUACAGGAUAUUGCUGAAAAAGUGCUCAAGAGUUCACGAGUGAAUAUCCAGGCAGAUGCAGCCAAGCUUUCUGAGCUCCGUGGAUUGGGCUUUGCAGAUGACUUUCACCCACAGCUUUUCCAGACCCUGGAGCAAAGGGUGUGCAUCUUUGAUUUCCUGCUGGAGAGAAAGUUCAUCGGAGAGGAAGGCUUUCAGGGUUUUCAAGAGUGCCUUAGCAUCGCCAGACAAAGACUUGAAGAGGACAUCCAGGUGCGGCAGGCUUUGCUUGAAGAGCUACGCCAUUGUGCCAAAGUCUUGUCAAACUUUCCGGCAUUGGAUGCACAUCCUCACCAUGAACCAGAACGUUCCGCGAUGCUCGUUCGACUUCUUGCAGGGCUGACAACAAGCCAGGUGAAGAUCGAGUCCUUCACCUCCGUGGCGGCUCAGUUGGAUUUGCUUUCUGCCAUUUUUGAUAGCCUGCUGGGCACUGGUAGCCAGCUGCUGGUCUACACUGCUUAA